UUCAGUCAUGGAGAGGUCGGGGAGUACGGGGCUGGCGGUCCGUAGGUCCCGGCACAAUGUGCUUAGCUCUGGGGCAGGACCCGGACAUGGGAACCGGCGGGAAGAUAACGGGGGCAAUGAUCGCAAGUCUCGGAGCCGAAGCUUGGUGUUCGGAGCCGGAGUCCCGGUUGUACUGCUGCUCUAUGUGCUGGGGGUGAGAGCUCUGGUGCACUUCUCACUGCGGCAGCUGGUGACACCUGGUACCCGCAGCACCGGCUUCAAUGCCAGCUCUGCCAGGACUUACUUGGAGCAUAUUACCGCUAUAGACUCCAGGACAGUAGGGAGCCCUGCAAAUGAAAUCCUUACCGUGAACUACUUAUUGGACAGGAUCAAUGAGAUUGAAAAGAAGAGCAGCAAGGCCCACAAAAUCACAGUUGAUAUCCAGCGGCCUACUGGAACAUUCAGCAUAGACUUCCUUGGAGGUUUUACCAGCUACUAUGAUAAUAUAACUAACAUUGCUGUGAAAUUGGAGCCAACUCUGGGGGCACAACAUGCGGUUCUAGCAAAUUGCCACUUUGACUCUGUAGCCAACACCCCAGGUGCCAGUGAUGAUGCCGUGAGCUGUGCCGUUAUGCUUGAAAUCUUGAGUUCCUUGUCGAGCGCAUCUGUUCCUCUGAAGCAUGCAAUCAUAUUCCUUUUCAAUGGGGCAGAAGAGAACAUUUUGCAGGGCAGUCAUGGGUUCAUCACACAGCACCAAUGGGCCAAGCUGGUUCGUGCUUUUAUCAACCUGGAGGCUGCAGGAGUAGGAGGGAAAGAGCUGGUAUUUCAGACUGGUCCUGAAAAUCCAUGGCUCGUACAAGCCUAUUCUGCAGCUGCUAUUCACCCGUUUGCAUCGGUGGUGGCCCAAGAAGUUUUCCAAAGCGGCAUCAUUCCUUCAGACACCGAUUUCCGUAUUUACAGGGAUUUUGGCAAUAUACCAGGCAUUGACCUGGCUUUCAUUGAAAAUGGCUACAUAUACCACACAAAGUAUGACACCGCAGACCGGAUUCAUACAGACUCUAUCCAGAGGGCAGGUGACAAUAUACUGGGUGUUCUCCGGUAUUUGGCGACCUCUCCCCUGCUCGCUGACUCCUCAGAGUUUCGCCAUGGCAAUUUGAUCUUCUUUGAUGUCUGUGGCAUGUUUGUGGCAUCUUAUCCAGCACGCAUUGGAACUAUUAUAAACUAUAUUAUAGCCGUUGUCACUCUAUUUUACCUGAGCAAAAAGACUAUUAAAUAUAGAAGAGGAGGUAUAAACUAUGCCCGUGACCUCAUGAUUGGCCUGUUCAUAAGUGUAACCAGUUGGAUCUCUGCUCUUGUAACUGUCCUCAUUCUAGCGGUGCUAGUCUCUCUCACUGGCAACGCCUUGUCCUGGUAUACACACUUUUAUGUUGCUGUGAGUUUGUAUGGAGCUGCUGCUGUGGCCAAGCUGAUACUGAUACACACAAUGGCCAAAACCUUCUACUUUGCUAAUACAAGUAGACCGUAUUUGGGAGACCUGUUCUUCGAUGUUUCCUUACUGUCAUGGGGCAUUCCAAUGAUGCUUCUUACUCAGAAGGGCCUGUGCUCCGCCUACUUCUUCGCCAUGUGGGUGAUUUUUCCAUUAGUCACAAAAGUGAUUGCUGAACAAGAAUCUGUCCAUCAAGCUUCUUCUUAUAGAUACAUAGCAGUCUAUCUGCUGGGAAUGUUUUAUCCUUAUUUGCACACAACCUAUUAUGUAUGGGCUGUUUUUGAGAUGUUCACACCUAUAUUUGGCCGCAGUGGUACAGAAAUUCCACCAGACGUUUUGAUGGCUUCCUUCUUCGUCAUUUGCACUAUCAUUUUAAUGACUUGUUUUGUCAAGUUCAUUUAUCUUGUCAAGAGCACCAAAACAAUAAUACUGUUGUUGGCUGUUGUGUCUGCUGUGACAUUUAUCCUUGUGUGUUUUGGGGUGUUCUUCCCCUACAGUGCCAGUAUGGACAGCCCCAAGCCAAAGAGAAUCUUCCUACAGCACACAACCCGAUUGUUCCACAAUUUGAAUGGAGAUGUGAUAAAGCGAGAUUCUGGGAUAUGGGUAAAUGCCUUUGAUUACAAUGGAAUAACACACCUCACGCCUCAUGUACCGGAAUUAAAUGAUACAGCAAGGGCUCAAUGUGAUGUCGGUCCAUUCUGUGGGUUCCCUUGGUAUUUCCCUGUGCAUCAGUUACUCAGAAAAAAUUGGUACAUUCCUGUUUCUCCUCCUCCAGUCAAAAAGGACAUGGACUUUAAACUGGAAUCCAAAGAAGAAAUGCCCUGGGGUACUAUACGCCUGAACUUUGAAGUUAAAGGGCCCAGUCAUAUAACCGUGUACAUCCGUCCACAUGAAACGUGUGUGCUGUCCAGCUGGUCCUUGGGUGAUGGGACACCACUAUCUGGCAGUGGGGGGGACUAUUUUAUAUAUUAUUCCCAUGGCUUGCAUGCUCCUGCAUGGGAAUUCUGGAUUGAAGUUAAGGGCUCAGAUGGACACCUUGAUGGAAUAGUCACAGUUGCAGCCGCUUCACAUUACUUCUUUGGGGAGAAUCAACACUCUCCUGAGCUUGACUCUUUACUGCAGAGGUUCCCAACCUGGAGCUUUCCCUCCGGCUGGGUCAGUUCAUAUAAGCAGUAUGUGUAUUGAUGUCUUUCUAUGCAAGCAUCACCAUAGUGCUCUAUGUGCAUGCACCAUAACAACAACGUUAAGGGGAAAGGAAUAUGACGAACGCAUUUGUAUUAACUCUAUGACUGCAAUGACACAUGGACCACUGCAGUUAUUUGUUCUGAUACUUGGGGAAUUGGUUGAUUUCAUAAUGAUGAAAGCUGCACUGAAUCUUCUCAAUGGACGUGGAAAUACAUUGAACUGAAUAUAUCCUGUGUAUCUUGAACUAGUCUCCUGCAAAGAACAUUAUAUAUGGACUUAAUAUUUUUCACACUGGGUCAUCCUUGUUUACAUAACAUUAUUGUGGUCUAAACUAAUGCUACCUGUAUGUCUGUAUUAUAACCCUCAUCAUCUGGAUCAGCUAGUCCUAAUAUGCAAUGUCUGACAGGCUCAUUGUCACAUGUGCUCGAAUACAUGGAAAGCAGGAGUUUGCUUAUGUCAAGAGUUAUCUC